AGGGGACUCAUGCACAAUCAUUAAUCAACCCCAAGCCUAAUUCUCAAUAGUCUCCAAUCUUCUUGCAUUUAGUUUUUAAGGAGUGAAGUGUAGUUUGUCUCUCUUUGGAAAGUCAGUAACCCAUUCCCUUGUCAUCUUUUCUCUUCCUAACUGUAAUAGGUUGCACUUAACUUUCAUGAAAGGAAGUACAGGAAUAUCUGCAGGAAGCCAGCCACUGGACCUAAUGAAGGAUGCCUGUGUGGAAACAUUUUGAUGUGUCAGUGUCCUUAUUCUACAGUGUGUGCCAUUCUUUUGCAGUCUCAGAGAGAAUAGUAUGAAAGAAAAUAUUUUGUGAAAUAAGAAGCCCCUUUUACACACUUAACAACCAACAUGUAUUAAGAUGGACAUCUAUUCGACAGAAUAUGAAGUUCUAUGGUCUCAAAGAAGCAAGCACCCAUUGAAAACUGAUCCUAAAUAAAAACAGACUUGAAUGGACAUUCAGAAUGUUUGUUGGUCUUAGAAGAGUAAAAAAAUGGCAGUUUGUUCAUUUAUUUGCCACUUGUUUUAUCCUAAGCCUCAUGUUUUUUUGGAAACCAAUUGAUAAUAACAUUGUGAGCCAUAUGAAGUCCUACUCCUACAGAUACCUCAUCAACAGCUAUAACUUUGUGAAUGACAGCCUGUCUCUUAAGCGCAGCACAGAAGGGGCUACUCGCCACCAGUACUUGAUUAACCACGAGGAGAAGUGUCAAGCACAAGAUGUCCUCCUUUUACUGUUUGUAAAGACUGCUCCUGAAAACUAUGCUCGACGAUCUGCAAUUAGAAAAACGUGGGGCAAUGAGGAGUAUGUUCGGUCUCAGCUUAAUGCCAACAUCAAAACUCUGUUUGCCUUAGGAACACCUUCUAGUUCACUGAGGAAAGAGGAACUGCAAAGAAAACUGGUUUGGGAAGAUCAAAUGUACAAUGACAUAAUUCAGCAAGACUUUGCUGAUUCUUUCUAUAAUCUUACUCUUAAAUUACUUUUGCAGUUCAGUUGGGCAAACAGCUUUUGUCCACAUGCCAAAUUCCUUAUGACUGCUGAUGAUGACAUAUUUAUUCACAUGCCAAAUCUUAUUGAAUACCUUCAAAGUUUAGAACAAAUUGGUGUUCAAGACUUUUGGAUUGGUCGUGUUCAUCGUGGUGCCCCUCCCAUUAGAGACAAACACAGCAAAUACUAUGUGUCCUAUGAAAUGUACCAGUGGCCGGCUUACCCUGACUAUACUGCUGGAGCUGCCUAUGUGAUCUCUAGUGAUGUAGCUGCCAAAGUCUAUGAGGCAUCACAGACACUGAACACUAGUCUGUACAUAGACGAUGUGUUCAUGGGCAUCUGUGCCAAUAAAAUGGGAAUAGUACCACAAGACCACAUGUUUUUCUCUGGGGAAGGUAAAACUCCUUACCAUCCCUGCAUCUAUGAUAAAAUGAUGACAUCUCAUGGGCAUGUAGAAGACCUGCAGGACCUUUGGAAGGAUGCCACAGAUCCUAAAGUAAAAACAGUUUCAGAAGGCUUUUUUGGUCAAAUCUACUGUGGGAUGGUUAAGAUAGUUCUCCUUUGCAAACUGACCUAUGUGGACACAUAUCCUUGUAGGGCUGCCUUUGCCUAAUAAUACUUGAAUGUUGUAUGUUUUCACUGUCACUGAGCCAAACCUGGAUGGAAAAACCUUUAAGCAUUUGUCUGUACCCUAAGUAGAAAGACUAGGAGACAACAAAGAAAUAUUUUGAAAUCCCAGCCUACCAGAAUGUUCCUUUGAUUCUAGAAUCUACUCAAUGUAAUUUACCUACUUCAUUGCCUGAAUUUAUAUUUAGAAAAGGUUUAUGAAAACAAAACUAAAGGGACAUGCUCUCACUUAAUGCCACCUGUAUAUUUGAGGUGUAGAGAAGUUAUUAAGGUACCUUGGUUAGAAUAACUGCUUUGGAAAAUACCAAGUAAGUAUAUAGUACAGUAUUUCAAAGAAAUGAAUAUAUUGUUAGACCAGGUGUACAAGCUAAUUUUUAUUUAAUAGCACUUGGUAGAGAUCAUGGGGCCAGGGAAGGAUUGGCAUGGAACAAAGUACAUGAAUCUGGUAAAAGCAAGUCUCCAGCUUCUUUAGAAACAGCCAAAUCACUUGUGACAUCCAUGUAGCUCUUUUACCUAGAUAGUUGGAAUCACUUAAAAAUAUAUUUAUGUCUUUUUUUCGCAGUUUAAUGUGAAAUUUGAGAAGUCAUUAGCUCUGCCCUAACUGGUAAUUUAUAUGGGAUUUUUUGAUUAUUAGAAAUGACACAAGCCACAGGCAGUUUAUGAUCCAUAGGGUCCUUCUCUAGGGAGAAAUCAUUAAUUCAAGCAAGCUGAUUUCAGUUUAGUGACUUUUUCAACUGAUGUUUAUAUACUCAAUAUCAGUCUGUGUUUAAGGCAGUUACUUGAAUGUAAUUUGCAUAGAAGAAUAUAAUAAUGGAGAAGACUUAAAAAUAGAAGAGAUCAAAAUUCUCUCUUCUCCAUAAUUUACAAAAUAAAAUUCUUAGUGUCUAAUAUUAAUGAUUACUAAAAUUAGCCCACCCCUCUCCAACAAGGUCUCAUGAACCACAGUACUUUGUUCCACAUUCAGAUUUUAAAAUUGAGAGUAUUAAACAUCAAAUCAAAGCUAUAAUAGCUUAAAAAAUAUUUUCUUUUAUCAAUAACUCUCAGAGGGAUCUUCAACUUCUAAAUAUUUUAAAUUUGAAAGCAGAAUGAAAAUGAUAGAGAAGUCACCAGAAUGAGGUUUAAAGUAUUUGUAAAGCUGUAUGUUCCUUGUAAUCAAAGUGAUGUGGGAUCUAAUAGAGUAAAUUUUAUUUUUACACAGCAGGAUGUGGCCAUGAUGCAAACAACCUCCCCUCACUACAGAAGAAUUAGGUGAUGUCUGCUUUUGGGGGAUUGAUUAUCUGAGGGGCAAAAUAGUGACUUAAGCAAAGGCCAUUAAACUGAUUAUAGAAUCUCUGAGGAGGUGCCUAUUAGGGAAAACUAGGAUGUCUUGUUUAAUUAGGUGAUACUUGAAACAUGCAAAACAAAACAGCUAAAAUAGAAUUCUCAGUAAACUGGAUGUUGAUAUACUUAAUAUUUUGCAGGUAGCUUUUUAAUGUUUACAGAAACUGUUAAUUUUUUUUCUAUUUCGAAAAUUGAGGCUUGUUUACAUUGAUUGCUCAGAUAAUUUAGAAUUUUUAACUAAUGUCAAAGCUGCAGUGUCAACCAUUCUAGCUUGUAGUGACUUUUAGAGUAGGUUCAGGUUUUCUAGAUUAUUACUAUCUAAAUUUUCUGACCAAUCUUAAAAACUAGAAAAUGAAGGCAUAUUUUGACAAAGAGCAGAUUUCUAAUUAAUUUUUAUCAGUUGAGUCUUUAAUAAUCGUUUGCCUUUUAGCUAUACAUACUCUGUGUAUCUAUACUUGUAACUGUUUAAAUUUGCCAUUGGUUGAAAACAUCAGUGUCUCUCUGGCCAUGGAAAUGAUCUUGUUUACAAUAAUACUUUUGUGACAUUAUUUAUUUGUGAAAGAACUCUCCUCAACUGUGUUCAUCUUUUUAUUUUUGCUUAGAGUAGAAUGGAACAGAUUUAAAUUUAAAGGAAAUAUGAAAGCACUUCCCUUUUUAAUAAGGAAAUUGCUAGAUGCCUCCUUCAUCAGACUUAAAGUACUGAGAAGAAUAUUUGUAAAUAAAAGUAUUCCAACCUUUUAAAAAGGAAGGAAAAACUUUGUGGUGCUCUAGUGCAAGGCUGUCUUGAAAAUAGUCAACAAAGGGAAAAUAAAAUCAGCCUGGAUGGUCACUUGAGUAGAAGAUGGUUGUACAGUGUUAUUGCGAAAAACGUUUUACCUCUUGGUUGAUUUCCAUCUUUUUUCCAUAUUAUUAAUUUUAUACCAAAAUGUUAAAUAUUUAUAUUAUUUGAAUUUUGCUCUUAUAUGGCAAAACAAUUAGUGGGUUUUUAAAAAUAAAUCUAUGAUUUCCAAUAAACAACUUGAAAUUGUCAGCAUAUUUUACAAAGGUUUUUAAAACUCCGUGGUUUACAUUUGUUUAUAUAAUCAACCUGUACUCUUUAAUGUCAGAGAGGCCUGUAGUACACAGCCUUAAUCCUACUGCUGUUCAGACUUGUUGCUGAGCCCAGGAUUGAGGAUUAUUGUCCUUUGCAUUAUGGAGCCACUUACAACACCUCUUUUGUUUGCUAAAUGAUUUACGCUGGUAUGAAGUAGGGGAAUUCUCUCUUAGACUCUUCAGGAAGGGAUGAAACAAAAGCCUAUAGGCAUAGUGUCAUAUUUUCCUUUUAUUUGAUAAUUAGCUGCCUAAAAGUAGAUUCAAACUUAGUCCUAGUCUCUUAAUGUCAGGGAUGUUCUUAGGCGUGCUUUGGAGUGCUCAGUUGUAUUUGUACAUAGUGUGUUCUCGCCUGCCUUUCACCUGAUUCCUGCUUAAUUCUUAGCCUGGUUUAUGGUGCGAUUCAAUCCAAAUGUUUUUAAAAUUUGGAAGCGUCUGAAUUAUUUGGUUGUAGUAGAACCAACCAAAUGAUACUUUUUUACUUGUGAGGCAUGGUUGGGAUAUUUGUAGUUGGGACUAAAGUGAUGAUUACUUGGAAGAAUUUACUUGACCUAUAUUUGGGACUUGAAUUCAACACCAUAGCUGCAGUGAGAGUGACACCAGAGAAUUCUUGAUAUGCGAGGCUAUUCAUUCUAUUAAUAAUGAGAAAUGUAAGGUGUCUUCCUGACUGUAAUUCCCUGCAACUCUCAUUCUCCAAUGAGACAAGCCUCAGGUACAGCUUUCAUUAUGAUAUUGCUUCACUCCAGACCAUAAAGGCUUUUUACUGCCUCCAGCAUCAAAUCUGAUCUCUUCUACCUGGUUCAAGGCCUUAUGUAAUUUUCCUUUAUUUCUUCAUUCUCUGUAGCCUUAUAUUUCCCACUGCUACUAUAUCAUCCAUCACUCUUGACCAUACCUGGCAACUUGUAAAUUCGUUACCCUUUCCAGAUACAAUGUUUCUUCUGUACCUACCUGCAAUCCAACCCUAACUGUGCUCUUCAGUUAAAUAUCUUCUCCUGCCCUCCCCCAAAACAUAUACUUAAUCAUAUAUAUUUUUGUGCUACUUACUGUUAACAUGUGUUUCUAAGUACAAGUUCUGAAGGUAGGAACUGUGCAUGGUGCUACCACAUUAGUUUAUUAUAUUUGAAAAAAAAUGAUUUAAUAAUGUUAUUCUUGGAAACCAUCCAAAUAUGAAUAAAGAGUAAUUAUUCAGAGCCCUUAAUGGACACUAUCUGGUAUAACAUUUUACCUAUACUACUUAAAAGUUUAUAAUUUAUUCAACAAAAUCGGAAUGCUUACUAUAUGCCAUGCAUAUUGUACCUAUCAGCUCUAGCCCCAACAGAUUUGUAUUAGUCAUUCAUAAAAACUCAAAUACAGAAAUUCAAACAUGAGUAAGGAAAUACAGAUUAAACUGUUGCAGCAAAGGCUAGUGAUCUUCAGGUAUUUAUUCAAAGCUGGCAGUAGAACAAAAACUAGUCUUACAACUUCUAUUUUGUACUUACUCCAUUAGCCAAUUUUGCCAUCUCUCAAAGUUCUUUUGCAAGAAUCACAAAGAUAUUUGUUUUUAUUAAAUGCUGUAACUUUUUUUCUUUGUAUUUUUCAUAAGUAUGAUUUAAUGGUGUACUGUAAAUUAAUAUAAUUCAUCAACUAAUUUGAAGGACCCAUUUAGCUAAGAUUUUUAUUAUAAAGGGAAAAUCACAAUUACAAAAAUAGGUAUGGGUCAUAGUAACAGAAAAGUCCCUGAAGAUACACUGUCACUUAAGGAAAACAACAGAACACAUCGCCAAACAGUGCUUUUCAGAGACAACCCGAUUAAACACACUUUCAGACAUGCUGAGUUGGGCCAUUCACUAUAACUCAAAGAUAUAUUUCAGUCAGUAAGAGCCCACAUGUUUCCUUGAGCAAAUAUUAAAGUAUAAUAAUAUAAAGUAGUCUAAUUAAGCCAAUAUGGCUUCAAGAACCAAUGGGCAAGUUCUUAAAAGAUUUUUGUUCAUCCAUCCUAUAGGCCCUCUUUGUGGAGGCUUAACUAAAAGCUAAACAUUAUGAAAGUUCCCAGGGAUAAAAGCUGCCCUUAGGUCAGUAAGUCAAAUGGUGUGGAUAUAAACAAUGUGACCUGUGCCUUAAUGAUGGGGAUUCUGAGUAUAAAGAUGUUAGUUUUUAAUGAAUUUCCCACAUGUGUUUGGUUUUUGCUGCCCUAAUUUAGGCUUUCUGAACUGCAGAGAAUUCCCCUGUAUACAAACACCUUCCUGUAGGCCAAAAAUAGCAUUAAAUUUGUAUAAACUGUGUUUUGGGGGGAACCUAUUGCCUGUGAAUGUACCACAUUGCCUUUAAAUGCUUUUAAACCAAUAAUUCAAUAUUAACAUUAGUUUACAUUUUCUAUUUUCUUCAUAAUACAUUUUUUUAAACAUUGAGUCUCCUUGGGAACUUGGUUACAAGACGUUUUCAGCUCUUGCUUUUUACAUUUAUAAGGUUCAUGAGUUUUGUUCUCAGUUAUAUAGAUGAAGGUUAGUAUAUAGAAUAAAUAGGUGAGUUUAGCUGGGAAAGGUUAAGUGAUGAGAUUUAAAAGAGAGGAUCCCCUUCCCUCCUCUCCCACCCCCCAGAGGUUAAAAUGACUUCUACAGAGGGAUCUGUGAUCUUACCUGCGGGAGGAAAGAUUUUCAGGACUGUCAAGCUGCUUCAGCUCAGGGGUCUCCCCAUUGUGGUGGCUUUCAAGUAUUUCUUCAUUCUGAAAAUUAAAGAAAUUUUGGGUCUUCUUCUUUUGGGGGAGGUGGACUCUUACUCUAUAUUUUUCUUUCCCCUAAUUUCUUUGUGUUUGUUUUAAAUUUUUUAGAUGAGCAUCAUCCAGUUUCUCAUCUUUUUCUUUCUUGGGUUUCCCCCAACCACUCUGUGGAUCUGUUACAGUUUGCCCUUCAAGCAUCCUUCAGGAACAUCACAAACUCAUUCCCAAAAGCAGGUGUUCUUUUUCCUUAAUAAUGAAGGGAUAUUAACAUUGUACUUCUUCCCCUUUCCUGUUGAUUAACAAAAAAAGAGUAUGAGGUAACAAGGGGCAGUAAAGAGGUCAUUUGACACAACAGCUCCUUGUGUGUGUGUGUGUGUGUGUGUGUGUGUGUGUAAGGAAUCAAGGUCAGGAGAAGUUGCAACCUGUGAAGGCCAGAAAAAGAGCUGGAGGCAGAGAUAAGCCCCAUGUCCACUUUCACAGGCUGGUAAUCACAAGUCUAUUCUAUCACACUGCUUCCAGAAAGAGCUGAUUCUGUAGGCCGGGUGAGAGGUGCAGGCUGAAAACCAGCUUGUGGUUGGAAGCCCUGCUCUACCACUUGCCAGCUCUGAGACCUUGGGCAAGCUCACUGAACCUCCCUGCCUCCACUUAGAACAUAGACCCCAUGGCACUAUCCACCACAUAGGGCUGGGUUUUUUUUUUCAGAGUAUGGUACUAUUAGGCAUUUAACUCUCAAAAAGAGGCAAGACUCCUACUCACUUUGCUUUAAAACAAAACUCAUUUUAACAAAGAAGCACAUCAUAUAACAUAUUGAUAGCAUUGUGAGUAUCUUAAAGGUAUUAAUUAAUAAUAUAUGGAUGAUUAAUUAGCUAGCAUUUGAGUUCUUGUUUGCCAGAUUCUGUAUAAAUGAGUUAACUUGACAUUCUCACAAAAGGGAGUAAAGACUUAGAAAGGACUUCUUGCAAAAGUAUUGUGCAGGGAAAUUUAAUGAAUGAUCAUGAAAAUUCCUUGUAAAUUAGAGCUGGAAGUUGAAGGAUGAGCUUUCCUCAGACUAAGGAAAAGAUGAGAAGUCUCCUUGGAAAAUAUGUGAGACUGACAAGCUACUCAGCUAGUUAUUGACAUUGCAAGAACAGAGUCCUCUCUGUGGAUUAAUAGAAAGCAGUCAAGGUAAGGUUUUGUUUUUUUAAAUUAUUAUUAUCCACAAUGCCAGCCACAGAGAGAGCAAUUCAAAACUGUUCAGUGAUUGAAGAAAAUCAAAUAUAUUUUAUCUUUUUUUUAGAUGUCUUCCCAAAUCUGGUAUCAUAUCCAGAAAGCAAACUAACAAAUCAAGGAGUAUUUGGGAUACAAGUUUUGCUAAUUCAGCUCUAAAAUACAAGGGUAAUCUUACAUUACAAGUUCAUAUUUUUUCUUUUAAAAUAGGUAAGAAUCUGCCUUUUUUAGUUCCUUCUAUUACAUAUGUUUGACCAGAGACUAGAAUAUAUUUUUCAUUUCAGUAAAUAUGCAUAAGUAAAUACCAGCUUCUGGAUUAACAGCCAUUUAGUUAUUUUCACCACACUGCCAUACCUCUUUCUUCACCUUUUCUAUAUAAUGUUGAACUAAUUACUACAGCAGUAAAUGUUGCACUGCAUGCACUGGGUAAACUUCAAUAUUUCUAGAAUCUCUCACCUGGCCUUAGUCCAUCUCCAUAUCAAUAGGUAAUUACAAGGAGGAGCAAGGGCAUAU